GUUCAAACAGAAACAACGCUGGGUCACUGGGACGCAUGCUCGAUAGUACAGAACAAAAUAUAGCUGUAGGCGCAUAUCAUUGUCUUGUUACUUUAAGAUAGAGUUGUGCGUUAUGGGACGAAAUAUUAAGGCGAUUGACGAUACUAACGUACUAGUUGUCGGGUCAGUACACGACGGCCCAAAAACACUCAGGGAUAUGUGUGCUACCACUUUAGAACCCCUUGGGAGAGCACCACUAAAGAAGUCAAACAGCGAUGCCAAACGACAGCGGUUAAUAUGUAAUGGAGAAGAUGAAGAGGGGAAAAAGACCUGCACAUGGCAGUGUAAUUCUGUGCUAGUGGAAGCAAAGGAAGGGGAACAAUCAAGCAGGCAUAAAGUUACAAAGUAUGUCACUGAGCACACAUGUACUGCGCCGCCUGCGAAAUCGCGUAUUCGUAGACCAAGUUCUACUUCAUCUAAGCCAACAAAGGCAAAGAAGAUCAUAUUCGACACUGACAUCGGCAUAGACGAUGCGAUGGCCGCCGUGUUUGCCAUCGCCAGUCCAGAGAUAGAUCUGGUUGCUAUGACAACCGUGUUCGGGAACGCCACGGUGGAAAAUGCCACACGCAAUGCACUACACGUUAAAGAUAAGUUUAAACUCACAAACACUGUCAUCGCGAAGGGUACAAAUAAGCCUAUUGUAAACGCGUAUGUAGACCCUACUGUCAUGGUACACGGUAUCGCCGGCCUUGGAGAUGUCGAUGUCCCGGUAUCGACCACGUGUGAGGCGAUAGACACCCCCGCAUAUCAGUACAUUAUCGAUUCGUUGAAGGCAGACCCCAAUAAUAUCACACUGGUGGCAGUGGGCCCACUCACCAAUCUAGCACUAGCACUGGCGGCAUGCCCGGAAAUCACCAAGCUGGUUAAAGAGGUGGUGAUCAUGGGUGGAGCUUUCGGGUUAAACGAAGCAUAUGGCAACAAAACUUCAUGUGCCGAGGCUAACGUAUACUUAGACCCACACGCUGCCGAUAAAGUGUUCACCGCUGACUGGCCGGUGGUCAUAGUGGGCUUAGAUGUAACGCAGAAGUGUAUCUUCACCCAUGACUUUAUAGAUAAUUUAAGGACAACUGCGGGGGAGAUGGGGCAGUUUGUGUGGGAUGUCAGCAGGUUCUACCUGAAAUUCUAUUCGGAAAUUGUGGGACUUACGAAGGGGUGUCACGUCCACGAUCCGUCCGCGAUCGCCUAUGUGAUCAAACCCGACUUAUUCACGCUCAGGAAGGGUCCGGUACGCGUGGUGUGUGAAGGCGUAGCAGCUGGUCUGACGAUACAGAAGUUAGACAGAAAGAGGUAUCACGUAGACAACUGGUCUCCACACAGGGCACAGUGUGUGGCUGUGGAUGUGUGCAAUGAGGAGCUUGUGGAACUGUAUCGCAGCACGUUGGUGGCUUAUGCGAAGAAGCAGACAGAGUAG